AUGGACAGCCGAGUACAACAGCUACUGGCUGAACUCGAAGAAGAGCGGGCAUUACGAGAAGAAGAGCGGGCAUUACGAGAAGAAGAACGGGCAUUACGAGAAGAAGAACGGGCAUUACGAGAAAUUGCGGAAGCACAGGCGGAAAAAGAAAGAAGACUACGACAAGAGGAACAGCGACGACGCGAAGAAGCAGAGAGCCUUACUGCAGAUUCCCAGCUUACCACAUUUCCAUCCCACCUCCGCGGCUGCCACGAGCUCUUACUCGCCAUCUGCAUCGUGACAGACCCGACAAGAACCACUCAGGGUACCGUAACAAAGCCAACCAAUCGGAGGGUUCCUUCGCGCAUCAUAAUAUGGGACGACUUCUUUGCUAAACAGGAGGCGUUCUGGAGGAUCCUCAAUGAUCAUCCUUUAUUUCUGACGAAAAAGCAGUUUCCGUCAAAACAUCAGCUCGAGUAUGUCCUCCAGUUCAUCACCCCGAUCACUUCGGAAUCGGAUCUUCGAUACUACGAACGAGAGGCGGUAGAGAACCAGGUUCGCAAAAUCGUCGAUCGGAUCACCGAAGACGAAACUCUCAAGGAGGCGUUUGGACUGCGAGGCUCAAUCACCUUCGAGAGCCAUACAAACCUAGGACGUGCACAGGAAAGCUCGCUGAGCGAAGGGGUGGAGAAAUUGUCAAUCAACCCAGAGACUGCACCAUCGGCCAAAGGUAAGGGCAGAGGUCGAAAGAAAAAGGAGGAGUCCACCGCAGUCACACGAGGGCAAGCGGAUCGCUUCUGUAUCUACCGGCAGGAUGGCGACGAACACAUCCCCGCGAUCGCGAUUGAAUAUAAGGCACCUCACAAACUCACGCAGGCCGAGAUGACCACAGGACUGAGUGAAGAGAUCCGACCCGCCCGGGAUGUGAUCGGCCAGGAGUCCGAGGAUGUUACCUUCUGCUGUAGAAGACUCGUUGCCGCGGUCAUCACCCAGCUCUUCUCCUACAUGGUGCGCAAACGCGUACGAUACGGCUACGUCUGCACCGGAGAAGCCUUCAUCUUUGUGUACAUCCCGGACGAUCCGUCUUCAGUUCAGUGUGCGCUUUGCAUACCGGAUCGGGAUGUCAAGGGGACCGACGAUGAUGAUCUCCAGUGGACAGCCGUCGCGCAGGUCCUGGCAUUCACCAUCAGAGCAUUGACCUCGCCACCAGUUCCCCAGCAGUGGAGCGAUGCCGCUGAUGGGCUUGAUGUCUGGCCCGUGGAGUAUUCCGACAUCCUAGACCAGACUCCACCUGCCGCUCGCCUGAAACAUGCCUCCCCAUUGUACCGCGGCAGACGCCCUCGCAACCUUUCUCCCUUCAGGAUGACGCUGCGAUCCGGAUGUCGGCCCUCUGAAAACAAACCUCGACCGACAAGCUCCCCCUCGCCGUCUCCUCCCCCAUCCCCUUCCCUUACACCGCACUCCGGCCUCCGUGGCCGAACCAGAAGGGGAGGUUCCACUAGGUCAGAUGGAAGGUCCACAGGCGUACCGGCACCCGGCAAACCCAGUGAUACCAGGCGCAUGUCCAAUGUCAUCCACACACCGGCCAUCAAGGACCGCCCAUACUGUUCUCAGCAAUGUCUUCUUGCGCUCAGGGACGGCAGCCCAUUUGAUCCCUUCUGCCCCAAUUACCAGGACCAUCGGAAGGGUCACAUGAAGGUGGAAGACUUCCGUUCUCAUAUCCGGAAACAGCUCGCUAGGGACCGUGGCCCGGAUGCCGACUGUCGUCCGCUCUACAAGGCAGGAAGUUGCGGCACACUGCUCAAAGUGAGACUUUCGUCGCAUGGGUACACCUUGGUCGCCAAGGCCGUGGAAUCCAAGGAUAAAGAUAAACUCCAGCAUGAAAGGAAUGUCUACAAUCAGCUCCGAGACCUCCAAGGCGAAUGCAUCCCGGUCUGCCUUGGCGUUGUCAAAUUGGAGCCAAAGCGCCCCUAUUACCAUGAAGAAAAAAUCCACACCCAUAUUUUACUUCUGAGUUGGGCGGGAGAAUCGAUCGAAAAAGCUGGAACGCUUAGCCCCGCGAAUAAACGGUCCACGGUAUGCCGUGCCCUCCAAGCCAUUCACUCGAGGGGGAUUCUCCAUGGCGACGCGGAGCCGCGAAAUAUACUAUGGGACCAGGCCUGCGAACGUGUGAGGGUGGUUGAUUUUGAACUAGCCACUAUACAGCGGCCUCUCUCCGAUGUGUCCACCAACGUUGCAAGAAAGAGGAAAGUGAUGUCAACUUGUUUCAGCAAAGAGCUUCAACACAUCGAGACUGUCUUUGGGAUACAAGACUUGAAAUGA